GUUUUCUCUAGGCAGAGAAGAGGGACUGCGUUCAAAAACGGAUAACUGAGAACUCGCGUCCAGAAUAUGAUGGUGUCCGAGGAACGGGGCCGCGCUCUAGUUCAUAUCCGGGCAAUUUAUCACCAUGUUACAUAGGAUGUACUACAACACUGUAAGGCGGGCUUCGAAUGUCUCCACAUCUUUAGUCUUACGACCGUAUCAGAAGGACUGUCUGGACGCCAGUUUGGCUAGUUUCAAUAGCGGAGUGAAAUCUCAAGCUGUCUCUCUGCCAGUAGGAAGUGGCAAGACUGUGGUGUUUGCAGAGCUGAUAAAGAGAAUUCAGCCACCGUUUAGUCAGGCUACGAAGUCUUUGGUUUUGGCACACAGAGAAGAACUGUUGGAGCAAGCCUUUGAUAAAACAAUUCAAGCUGAUCCUAAUGUUCGUGUUGACAUUGAACAAGGAUCGCGCACUGCAUCUCCAAAUGCUGACAUUGUAAUAGCCAGCGUUCCAUCGCUGGGCCGAAUGGAUUCAGAUAGACUCUCUCGCUUCAAUCCUGACGACUUUAAAUGCAUAAUAAUUGAUGAGGCCCACCAUGCCCCUUCGCAGACCUAUGUACGUAUUCUUUCCCACUUUGAUGCCCUCCACUUAUCAAACAGACCUCGAUCUCACAUAUUGGUAUGGGGCUGUUCAGCAACCCUUCGUCGUCAUGAUGGCAUACGACUGAGCGACAUAUUUGAAGUUGUAUCAUAUUAUAAGACCAUCUUGGAUUUGUGGGAAGACGGGUGGUUAUGCCCGGCAAAGGCCUAUCGUGUGCUCACUGAUACUGACAUUUCAGGUGUCACAAAACGUGGAUCUGACUUCAAUCUGUCUCAGUUAUCGGCAAAAGUUGACACUCAAUCUAGGAACUCUGCCGUUGUGAGUGCUUGGAAGCAACAUGUGGCUCGUGACCCUCGACACUCAACUCUGGUGUUUGCCGUUGACGUGCAGCACGUACAACAUUUGACAGCAGAGUUUCGAGCUCAAGGUGUUGAUGCUCGGUACGUUGAUGGGAGCACCUCCAAAGAGGAGAGAUUUGAUUUACUUGAAGGAUUUAGAAAGAGAGAGUAUCCGGUUUUGGUAAACUGUCAGGUAUUUACGGAAGGGACCGAUAUACCUGGAGUCGAUUGUGUACUAAUGGCUCGUCCAACUGCCAGUCCGGUGCUCUUCCAGCAAAUGAUAGGCCGUGGGUUAAGACUGUAUCCAGGCAAAGAAGACUGUGUGAUUCUAGAUUGUGUAGAUGUCUGCAAGAAACGUGACGUUGUCACGUUACCCUCUUUACUCGGACUUGAGCCACACUUUAAUAUGAAAGGUAUGGUUGCAUAUGAUGUGUACAGGAGGAUGAAGGAUCUGGUGGACAUUGAGCCCGACUGUCUGGAAUCCGAAUCUAUUGAAGCAGCCGAGAGGGUUUCAUCAGGAUUUGAUGUCAAAGUCAAAUUGAAACAGACGUCUUUGCAAAUAGACAAGCCAUUGGCUAUUACUGCUUGUGAAAAGUAUGCAUGGACAAAACUGACAGGUGGCUGCUUCGGUCUCCAGCUGGUUCCAUCAGGCGAAUUACUGAUUUUGAAGCAGUUGGAAGGUGGAUAUCAACUUUAUCUAAAAUCGAAAGAUGGAAAACAGACAGACAAGCAAAAACAGUCAGACAGGAAAAAUAGUCACAGUUUCAGGUUGUUGGGAUCGUUUGACUCUCUGCUGUCGGCCUUCAAUGGAGCCGGGACUUAUAUUGGAUCAUGUGGUAACUUUUUAGCUAAACUUCUCGAUCGGUCAGCCAAAUGGAGAUUCAAGCCUGCUACUCAACGUCAAAAGGAGUUGGUUAACAAACUGUUCCAAGGUCAUAUUCAGGAUAUCGAUGGUUUAACACAGGGUCGAGCGUCGCACAUGUUGGGUCGAUGGUUUUUGAACCAGUCUCUCAAGCAGUUACGAAAGCAGGUCAACAGCCCUCCUCAUGUCCUGGAGCCAAUGUUUGAGAUUGCGUGGCUGAACAAGACGCUGUUGCCAGCAAACAGUAAAAAGUCUAACAACAUCGGUUUAAUUAAUUAGUCAAAUAACUAAUGUAUUAGUAAAUAAAUUAUUAUCGAUCAACAGACUUAA